UGAAAUGUUUACCUUCAUUCUUUUUCAUUAAAAAAUUUCGGAAAGAAGAAACUAGCGAAAAUGAGAAAGAAAGUAAGCGAGAUAGAGGAAGUUGUUUGUUACAAUUGGCGGCCACCCUAAGCGUUUGCUUUUCGCAAAUAGGACUCGGAGCAAUGCUUUCGUGGAGUUCGCCUUCACUGGAGUACUUGAGGAGCAAUCAAUCAGAAAUUGUGAUGACUGUGGAACAAGGAGCCUGGAUAACAUCUUCCCCCAAUAUUGGUGCCGCUAUCGGAUAUAUGAUUGUUCCUUUAUUGAUGGAUCGCGUGGGACGAAAACAUACUCUAUUGAUAUCAGCAGUUCCACAAAUUAUCUCCUGGCUGAUGAUAAUACUUGCACAUAAUGUUGUCACCCUCUGUUUAGCAAGGAUCAUUUGUGGAUUGGGAUAUAGUGACUUGGGUAUUUUCCUGGUCGCAACAAUGGGGGCCUACUGUUCUUACGAGACCAUGAACUUGAUUUUACUAUCAAUACCAAUUAUCUACCUUGUUAGUUUCAUUUUCAUGCCAGAAUCGCCAUAUUUUUAUACGAUGAAAGGAAGAGAUGUAGAAUGUCUGAAGAGUUUGAUGAGAUUAAGAGGAGUGAAGAAUUCGGAAGAAGUCAAGUCUGAAAUUGAACUGAUAAAAGUAUCAGCAGUUGAAGAUCAGGAGUCGAAGGUGUACAAAUUGCGGGAUUUAUUCUCUGGAGGAAAUCGGAAAGGGUUGAUGAUAGUUGUUUUUCUUCACGCAGUGUCAAUGUUCUCUGGAUCUUUAGCCAUGGUGGCAUAUGCUCAUCAGAUAUUCGGUUACAGUGGAUUCUUUUUGACAGCCUCGCAUUGUUAUAUGAUUUUGGGAGCUGUAAAAAUACUGUCAGGGUUAGUUGCUACUCAGUUAAUUGAGCGCCUUGGUAGAAGAAUGUUGUAUAUUACGUCUGGAAUUUGCAGUACUUUGGCUUUGAUAAUUGUUGGAAUUUUCUUCUUAAUGAAAUUACAGUUUAAGAUGGAUGUUACCUCAAUCAGUUUUUUGCCUUUAGUAGGUCUGAUCAUUUUUGAAAUUGCUGCUUCUGUGGGUAUUGGUCCGUUACCUUUUGUACUCGGGGGAGAACUCUUUUCUGUUAGACUAAAGAACAUUGCUAUAGCUGUUAUUUUUAUAACAGCUGCGUUAGCAGCUUUUCUAGUCGAACUGAUUUUUCCGAUAAUGAAUAAAGCUGUUGGAAUUCAAGUGAGCUUUUUAAUUUUUGCAUUCUGUUGUUUAAGCGGAACCUCUUUUCUUUUUUAUAUCAUGCCCGAAACUAAGGGUAAAAGUUUAUCAGAGAUACAGAUGAUUUUGAACUCUAAACAAAAGAUUGUUUGGCGAAGUGAAAGACUUUAAAAAUAUGAGGAAUGUGAUAAUGUGUCAAUAGGUACUAUUUGUAAAUGAUGUAGGAGAGACUACCUUAUAGUAAAUAAUGAUUAACAGUAGAUAAUCUCAGUAAUUAGAAACUCAGCCAAGACUGCCUGAUGAAGUUUAAUUGAAAACAUAUCAUUAAUUAUUUUUCGAGAGCAAAGAGUUGAAUUUUUAAGCCAAAAAGACAAAUUUCAAACUACACCAAACUCUCG